AUGGCGUCACUAGCGAUCUCAUCAAAGCAGAAGAAGAAUGGGAAAUUGACUGUGCGUAGCGGACGAUCGAAAAAGAAUUCAUGGACCCGCUCGUCACACGGCACGCGUGGUGCGUCGAAGCGAGCUCAGGAAUUCGCGGGUCAGGAGGAGCCAGCGAGUAAUACGAGCAUCGUAAACCAUGUGUACGAGCGUGAUCCGAAGAACUACGGCGAAGCAAUGCGAAGUUCUAAAAGCGAGGACUGGAAGAAGGCGAUGUGUGAAGAAUUGGAAGCGCUCGAGAACAACGACGUUUGUCAUCUUAUCAAGCGUCCGAGCAGCAGCAAUGCACUCCACACGAAGUGGGUGUACAAGACAAAGAUGACUGCUGAUGGGGAUGUCGAACGCCUUAAAGCGCGACUUGUGGCGUGCGGCAAUGAGCAAGUGUUUGGAGUUGACUAUGUCCUCACAUUUGCUGCCGUGAUGGACAUGUCCACGGUGAAGAUAAUAUUGGCUCUUGCAGUUACGUGGGGAGUCGUCGCAAAGCAUGGCGAUAUCCCUAACGCCUACGUAAAGGCUGACAAAGAGGCUGAUUUGGAGAUACUUUUACAAGUACCAAGAGGAAUGGACGUGAGCAGUGAUACUAUCAAGUCACUGGGGGCAUCGAGCGUGAGUGAACUGGCGUUACAGCUUCGCAAGAGUUUGUACGGCCUUAAACAGGCCGGGAGGCUCUGGAGCCAAUUAUUACAUGCACGGCUUAUUGACGUUGGUUUCUAG